ACAGAGAAAAACUCCUCAAGAAAUUCCAGUUUCUUUUUCUUCUUCUUCUUUUUCUUCAGUAAUGGCGUAUUUUUUGUUAACCCUAGCACUACUAAUCUCAUUGAUUCAAGUAGCAGAACCAGCAGUAAUUCAAUCAGAACUAGUAACAAAAGCGAUCAGAAUUCUUUCGGAUUCAGGCUACGAAUCCAUGUCAUUAACACUUGACCUCGUUUCUCAAACUUCGGCAUUUCCAUCAUCAUCAUCAGCACUUACUAUCUUUGCUCCUUCUGAUACUGCGUUUGUCAAUUCGGGACAACCUAGUUUGAAUCUUUUCCAGUAUCAUAUCUCACCAUUAAAAUACUCAAUUCAAACCCUAAAAUCACUUCCUUAUGGUACUAGAAUUCCUACUUUGUUCCCAAAUCAGAGUUUGGUGGUUUCUAGUUUUGAGAAUGGAGGCAAAAUUUCAGUAAACGGUGUUAGAAUCAAUGAAUCUGCUAUUAUAGAUUAUGGAUCUUUGUCGAUUUUCGCUACUGAUGGUUUCUUUGAUCCAUUUUAUCAAACUACUCAUGGAUGCCGGUUCUAUCCUGACGAUGAUUAUUCUGAAUUUGAUACUGAAAUUGCUAAUGCUUCAAAGUUUCUGUUAUCAAGAGGUUAUUUUAUAAUGUCUUCGACUCUUGAUCUUCAAUUACGCGGAUUAGUGAAAGAAACUACAGAUCUGACGGUCUUUGCUGUUGCUGAUUCAGUUUUGACGCCGUAUUACAUGAAUUUGAGUCUUGGAUCUGUAUUUCAUCGUCAUUUUCUCCCUUGUAAACUUACUGAGAAUGAUCUUUGGGGUCUUGAAGACGGAACGACUUUACGGACACUGGAUAAAGAUUUUCCGAUCCAAGUUUCGAAAUCUGGAGAGCUACUGUUAUUGAAUGAUGUUCCUAUUGAAGUUUUUGUUUCAAAUAUGUACUUGAGUGAUUCGAUAGUUAUUCAUGGUCUUGACCAGAUAGUUACUUCACUGGAUGAACAACGUCUAAUUGGAGAGGCUCUCUCAAUUGGAGAUGAUGAUCGCAAUAUUGAUUACGACGAGUUUUGGGGAGUUAAAGAUUGAAGUGGUUGGUGAUUCUGAUGCAACGUCUUUGAAGUUCUGGUUUUCUUUUACCAAUUUCAUUGCCUUCAUCUCAGAGAUGAGAUCUCGUCAUGUUCAAAUCACUUCUCGUUGAACUUGGUCGGGAUUAAUAUUGUAAGUAUCUUGUUGCAGUAGAAUCAGAAAUAAGAGUAGUUGUUCUGUUGUCUUAGUAGUAGUAGUUACCUGUUCGCUUAUCGAAAACCGGUCGGUGGUUCUAUGUUUUUUAUGAUACAUGAUAAAUCAUUCCAAACUUUAGUGCUAACUCGUGUAUGCAAUUAUGCAAACGAAAACCGGCUUUUCCAGGAAUAUGAUGAAUGGAUGGGAUUUUUCAGGCCUAAUGC